UUUUAUGAGGACAGGAACUUUGGCGGCCGUUAUCAUGAGUGCAUGAGUGACUGCUCUGACCUACAUUCCUACUUCAAUCGCUGUCACUCCAUCAGAGUGGAAAGUGGUUGCUUCAUGGUUUACAACCGAACCAACUUCAUGGGACACCAGUACUUUCUAAGAAAGGGCGAGUACCCCGAUUACAUGCGUACGAUGGGAAUGAAUGAUUGCAUCAGAUCCUGUCGUAUGAUCCCAAUGCAUCGUGGGUCCUUCAGAAUGAGGCUCUAUGAGCGCUCUGACAUGGGCGGCAGGAUGAUGGAGCUCAUGGAUGAUUGCCCUAAUCUUAUGGACCGCUUCAAUAUGUCCGACUUCCAUUCCUGCCAUGUGAUGGAUGGUCACUGGCUUAUGUAUGAGCAGCCCAACUAUAUGGGCAGGCACUUCUACCUGAGGCCUGGCGAGUACAGGAGGUACAGUGACUGGGGUGGUAUGAGUUCCAGGAUGGGCUCUGUCAGACGAAUCAUGGAUCUCUAAUGAAAGGAGUCCUUGUGAAAUGUCUGCUGUAUGCCCUUUUUCACACACUAAAUAAAAUGGUGUCUGUGCUCAAGUGUAUUCAGUUUUGUUCUUGCACCCUCUACCUGGAGGGGUCACUGCCUGAUGAUGACACUUGCUAUAGGCUGCCAGACUACUUUACACUAUUCAGAGACUUGAAUAAAAACUAUAGAGACAUUUUCCUUCAUGAGACAGGUGUUGAGUGUUCUCUCUGCUUGUACUGUACAUUAAAACUCACUCUUGGUGAAUAACUGUUUAACAGAUGAAGUGUAGAAAACUUGCUUUUUAAUAAUAUGACAAAUGUUUAAUACAUUAUUUAUGUAGAUUAACAUUAAAAAAUAGGAUUGUGUAUAUAAUCUAAAGGUGGGGUUUGACUUAGUGUCUAUUGAGAAAUACACUUAACCCCAGUUUAGGUGAAUUAGGCUAAGUGAAGUAUAAAUUGCUAUAUUGAAAUCUUUAGAAAUAUAUACAGUCAAACCAAAAUUUAUUCAGACACCUUGAACAUUUCAUUCCUUAAUACAGUUUAUUCACUAUAGUUUAAAAAAAUGGUAAUAAAAUAUGGCAAGAUCUCAGAGUUAAACUGUGUCAGAAAAAAAUAAUCUUAAUUAUGUCAGAUAACACUUAUGCAAAACAUGGUCAAGUCAAAGUGUAUGA